AUGAAAAAAUCUAGUUCUUCCAGUUCUCUUGACUUGCCAGAUACUUCAGCGGAUUUAAUACUAACAUCCACAUUAGAUCCGAUUACUACAUCUGUUACUUCAGAGUUAAAGAGACGCAUGGACAUUAUUCCAACACCAAACCGGCCAGACAGAUUAGUCAAGUCCGCUGAUGUUUCAACUAAUAAUAUUGCUGAAAGUUCGUUACUAACUACUCUUCUUUCUACCGAAGCUCCUACGUUUAAGGAAGAUGAUCGUGUGAAGCACGAUCAUAAUAGUGAUGCUUUAGAAAUACCGUAUCAAGUUGAAAGUAGCCAUACAAAGAAAGAUGCUAAAAAUGAUACCGAAGGAGAAGAUGCCACAUUCGAUUCAUUUAUAUAUGAACAUUUCGUUCCUUUUUCUGGAAAAGAACAAUUAAAUAAGUGGUUAGACGAGACUGAUGCACUCUUUCGUCGCUUUAAAAUAUCGCGUCACCUUCGUUUACAAGCUGUACCGUUGUUAGUUAGUGGUGACGCUCAGCGUCAAUAUAUAAGAAGUCGUCAUUCCAUCAAAUCUUUUGAUGAUUUUUACGAAUUUCUACUUACAUAUUUCGAUUCAGCUGCUCUUACCAUUUGUAGUUCUAAUUCAAAUAAAGUCAAUCAUAAGGUUGAAUUUGCCACAGACACUAUGGACAUUAGUAAUCUCUCUAGUCAUUCUGCAUUAAACACUAAACAUACAACCGAUACUACUGCGUUGUCACAUUCAUGUAUUUCUUGUUCUUCUAAACUUAUUAAUGAUGAUACCACCACGAAGAUUGGUGAUGUGUCAGACACGAAGUCAGCAAUAAAUACAUCAAAAAAUAAUCACUCAUCAUCAGAUUCAGUCAUUCCAGAUUUACGUAAGGCUAUUAUAGCAAAUUUUAUACGAAAUCCGAAAACUUUUCGUGGUUACAAAGAUGAUGUAACGAAAUGGUUAGAUGAGAUUGAUUAUGUUAUGCAAAUAGCACAUGUACCAGAAGAAAAUCGACUCGAUUUAAUCUCGUAUAGCUUGAGAGGUGAUGCAAAUCAGUGGUUUAAAAAUAACAAGUCGCUGCUUACGAGUUGGGAUAAAUUCACUCAAGAAAUUAAAAAAGCUUUUAGUUCAUCUUUCUCCGAAGAACUAGCGUUUAAAACCCUUGAAUCAUAUGCUCAAGGAGAGAACCAAUCGGUUCGUAAUUUUUUCAACGAAAUUCUAAAACUAUGUAAACGAGCUGAUUCCAAUAUGAGCGAGUCCACUAAGUUGAAGAACUUAUUAAACAAAGUCAAACCUAGCAUUCAGCUCGAAGUUCGUAAGAAAAAGCCAAAUACGACUACUGAAUUUCUUGAAUAUGCAACCGAAAUCGAAGAACUAUUUCAGUUAUCUAAUAUAAGUACAAAUGCAACUUUUAGUUCUGCUUCUAAAUCAAAAGACUUUUCUAAGAAUGAGGGUACUUCGAAUAAUUCUUCUUUUCAAUAUUCCAACAGUAAUCGUAGUAAUUAUCGUUCAUCACCACAAACCAAGUUCAGUAAUAAUAUAGGAUCAGGUACAAAUACGCCUAAUAAAAAAUAUACAUUUAAUUCAGAUCGUACACAAGUUUCUAACUCGAAUUAUUAUUCUCAAUCGGCUAGUCCAUCCUUAUCUACUAAUCAAUACAGUGAAAAUACAGAUAGGCAUAAGAAGAUUAAUAGACAACAACGUAAGAAUUUAUAUAAUAAUCCAAAUCAUAAGUCGGCAUCUCGUUCAGCAAAUGCCGUUUUUACAUCAAACUUGUCACCAACUAGUGAUGACAAUAUUAGUACUCUUUCAACAGUAGUUUGUCAACUUUGUAAUAUAAUGGGACAUGACGCUUCGUCAUGCCAAAAUUUUCAGUGA